GGAGGAGACCAUUGCAUCAUCACCAUCAUCAUCAUCAUCAGUGAACGUGCAAAACGACAGGCAGAGAAUUCAAAAAAAGCGUCCUGCUGAGCUAGGUCUGAUCGGUGCAGGCUAAUUCUGGAACACUCGCCGCCAAGCACAGGAGGACGGGAUCAGGAGAAUAUUAUCCACGCUGCGGAUUUUUUAUUCAGGAACAGACUCACACCUGGAGCACCAAGCUGAGAGCAGGCAUAAAUUAUAUUUAAAACCUCUAUACAGCUUGCUGACUACAGGGAUGAGGCUAAUUCGUGGAUUAAAGGCUGAGUGAGUCAUCCUUUCAUUUGGGGCACAUGAUUAUUUUCAGAGCAGCUACCAGCAGAUCUUCCUGCCCCCUCAACAUGUAAAGAUCCAGGGGCCGGGACCGGACUAAGAUUUGGAUCCAUCUCAGGGACAGGACAGCUGUCUGCACUGGACACAUUCCUCUUGGGACCUGGUUUAUCGCUAGAUCAGUGUAUUGGCAUGUUCUGUUUCUGCCUGCAGAGUUCCCUGCUUAAGCUCCAGGCUUUGGAUGUAGAGGGGGGGUCCUCACAGGGGCCGUCCCCGGAGGAAAGCCCCUCUGCCCUGGGCAGCAAGGACCAGAAGAGCCCCUGUGUCCCUGCCGAGCUAGGUGGGAAAGAUGGAAGGACCACUGCUCUCUGCCACAGAGCCCCAUCGGAUGAAAACCACCCACCAGCAGAGCUCCUGACAGUCCUGACCAGACCUGCACAACCUCCCAGACAUCAGCCGUUGGCUUCUAUCCAUCCCAGCCAACAGCCCCUGGUCUCGGAUGGGGUGUCGUCCCCGAGUCCUCACCAUUCCCCACAGAGGAGCAUCCCUGGAUUUGAGGUGGGAGGUGGAGAUGGAUCAGAGGGAGGAGGCGGAGCUCUCCUCCAGCUGCUGGCGGGACUCCCCAGUCCCCUGCCUUCUCCACGCUGCUGCAGCCCCAGCCUGAGGUUCAACUCUGACCCAGAUACGGCUCCAUCGCCACCCUGCAGCCAGCAAUACAUCCUGUGCAGGAGACUCGGGGACAGGACUGAUGUUUCAGAGGAUGAGUGUCCCACAUCCAUCCCUUUCCUCACCCGACACAUUCAAAGCCUGAAGAAGAGGGUUCGCAAGUUUGAGGAUCAGUUCGAGCAAGAAAUGAACUUCAAGCCAUCUCACAAUGAUAAAUACUCGAACCCAGAGAUGGUCAGAGUGAUGAGUGAGCUGGCAAAAGCUCGCAAACAGCUAAAAGAGAUGAGACUUCGACAGUCGGUGUUUGAGUCGAAGGAGACGGAAACCAGUGACACCUGCAGAUCGGGUUCUGGUCACCAGGGGACGUCAGACCACAAACCAUCUCUGGAAGAAACUGUGGAAUCUCUGUUCAGGCGGCUGAGAGAAAAGAGACAGUCUCUCGGUCUCCCUGACAACAUAAAGGAGAUGACGCAGGCGCAGAUGGUUCUGGAGAAGAUUACACUGCAAAAAUGUCUCCUGUACUUCGAGAGCGUUCACGGCCAACCGGGAACGAAACAGGAAAAGAACCUAGUGAAGCCUCUGUAUGACCGUUACCAGAUGAUCAAACGGUUAUUGUGUGCCAGCCCAACCAUCACCACAAUAGAGGAAGAGGAGGGUUCGGAUGAAGAAUCUCUGAGCUCCUCGUUGGUCAGUGAUGUUCUAGUUCCUCCUCCUUGCAGAGGGACGUGGCCAUCAGCCAGCGAAGAGGACAGCGACCGGGAGAGUGACCCGGCCUUCGUGUCCCCCAUAGAUGAAGUGAAAGCCGUCCGUCCGCAGGCUGCUCUCACCACCGCCAACUUGCAUGAGGCUUCCAGGUCUCAGCUGCUGGAGUGUUUGCGGCAAACCAGAGCUGAGAAGAAAAUCCGGAGGAAAGUUCUGAGGGAGUUUGAGGAUGAGUUUUACCAUCAGACUGGGCGAGUCUGCCAAAAAGAGGACCGCACUCCAAUAAAGGAAGAGUACCAGGAAUACAAACAGCUCAAAGCUAAACUGAGGCUGCUGGAGGUCCUGCUUAGCAAACAGGAUGUCACCAAAACGCCCUGAAGACACAGAACACAGAUGUAAACUAAGAAAAAACUGUAUCAGAUUUUUAAAUUAGUGCCAAAUGUCAGACAGGACCGUUACAUAUAUCUUAAAGAUAGCUGUGAUUCUGGUGUGUUCCGACAUGCUUCUGACAUGGCUCCUCUGACAAAUGUCUUUCAAACAUGUUUCAGGUAGUCAGUCGUAUUCACCUUUGCACUGUCUGAUAUUGGUCCAACAUGUUGGACAAGUGCAGAAUCCAUCUCCAGCGUCAUUUAUCCCUCAGCAACAUUCCACCAUGUCAAUGACUGACACGAAUUCCCACGCGUGUUCACAGAGUUGUGUCCACAAUAUUACCAGUAUUUGUCCACCAUGACCAUGAUUGAUGGAAAACCUGUUUAUAAUGUGGUUAACAGGUUGUCCUCAUAAGGCUAAAGUGUGUUUGAAGUGUUAAACGUGUCGGCUUAAGUCCGUUGUCUGUCUCAACUGUCUGACUUCGUGUUUGAUGUUUCCGGUGUGAGUCACCCCCCCCACCCGUCCUCUUAAACUGCCCUGAAGCUGAUCAGUCAAAAUACCCGGACUAAGUUUUGCUCCCGUUUGGUCCCAGUUCAACAUGAAUGAAGUUUCAGUCUGACUGAUUCCUGCUCCAGUCUGGGCCCAGUUAAACACUAACAAACAUUCCUUCCGUCUCAGACAUAAAUAUAUUUUUUAUAAAGAUUGAAACAGUCUGAGCACACUUGGAUUUGUGAUGAGGGUUGCAAACAAUGAAAAGCAGAUGGUUGAGAGGCUUCAUUUUGUUUUGCCACAUAAAGACAACAAACCUUUACAAAGAAAUUGAGUCAUUUAGAUCCACCUUACUCCUGCCUGUGCUGCUGAAAGAUUGAAUAUGUUGGCUACUUUCACUAUGAUGACCGCAGCUGCGGCAAAACGGUUUGUGUUUGGAAAUGUCUGGUUUUUAUCUUUUACAAUUAUCACACAGCAUAAAUCGUGUCCGUUAUUAUCUCAGACAUGUCUGGAAAUACCUGCUUUUUGUAGUUACGCCUGUAAUAAGACAAAGCUUAAACCGUGGCUUCCGCUGGUGUGGGGAUGAUUCCUCAUGCAUGGAUUUUUUUUUAUUGGUUACCAUCAGAUGAGGAAUCAAAACGAAUGGGUUGAAGAAUAGAAGUUUAAGUCACCGCCUAAACCCCUGAAGGUGUGCUCUUAAAUCUUAAAUUUGUAAACCUUAAAUAAUGGAAGGAAAUUCCUCCCUCCACUUGUGUUUGGCUACGACAGACAGACGAGAGAAGAAAAUGUUGGCUUCUAAAAGGAUAAACAGCUCUACUAAGAGCACAUCUAGUCAGAUCUUGAGUAGAAAACAGCAAGUAAAAUAAUUACGUCCUUUUAUGAUUCAUAGUAAUUUGCAUGAGACACCCUGGUCUUUCCAUUCCAUCUCAACAGGCAGAAGGAUAUUAUAAUUCAAAAGCAGUCUAAUGCACAACUAAUGUUUUAUUAGUAAUUCAGAAGCAUGUUAAUGAUGAAAUGAAUACUGUGCUGAAUUAUAUACUUACCACUGUUUCUGUCUGUAGCGGUGGAGUUGACCACGCAGAUAAAAAUGCUGCUGUUCCUAAUGACAGUCCAUCUCAUUAGAUCAUCCCCCAAUCUUUAAAAGAUGAAGGGCCUGGUGUGAUAAUAUCCGAUUUAAUAUGUAAAUGCUGAUGUUCCCUGAUGUUUCCUACCAGUUUCUGCUCACUAAGAGACCUUUUUUUUUAUAUGCAAAAAAAAAAAAAAAAAAAAAGCCAGACUGGAAGUUUUCAAAAAUAAUCAGUCAAACGCAUCACAGGAUCUAGGAGUAUAGUGGAUAGGCAAACAAGCUUUUCAUAAGGCAGAGCAACACAGAUCAUUGAUAAAAACAAUGUAAGAGGAGUGUUAUAGCAAAGACAUGGCAUCAACAAAAGACUGGUGACUGGGAAACAUUUAUUUAAAAAAAUAUUUGUUUUAAAUAAAAAAAGAAAUAGGAGGUGUGCCUUCAGUUAAAUUCCAACACACUCCAGACAGUUAUAUGAAUAUUUAAGAUUAUUGGACUGUGAAGCCACAAUAGUUUUUACAUUUAUAUUUUUGAAAUGUUGUUUGACAUUUGUGCCUUUAAUAAUCACCAUGUUAAUUGAAAAAAUAUGAUACUGUGAUUCAAUCAUGAGAACAAUCUAUAAUGUCAGCGUAGGGAAGAAUAUUCCAUGGCAAGGAUUUGUUUUAAUCCUUAAAAGCCACUUCCCAAUAUAAAGUUGAACCAAAAGAUUAGAAAUAUAUUUAGUUGUUCAAUUACAGUUGAAUAAAAUGUUUGUUGCUAUAUGUCCUGGAGAUUGUUUCCGAGAAGUAGGCUGGAGUCUCUGACUUCAGCAUCAUUAAUCUACCUGUAACGUCACUUUAGGUGCAGUGGGACAUUCAUCUUUCAGAGUGUUUAAUGCGACUCCCAGAUGAAGAGAGAAGCAUCUUUAAUUACUUCUGAGCACUUUAAAGUUAAUAAGGGAAAAUCAUUUUCACCCAAAGGCCAAUAUGCAAACUGAUGUUGUUGCUCCGGUAAGUUUUAUUUUUCCAUAUGGAUCCUGAACAGAAAAAGAGUUUCAGUAGUUUGGGAAAAGAGUGCUGACAGAUAUGUGUAUAUAAUCUGUGAAUGUGUGAGUUGUAGAAAAGGGCUUCCACAGGCUGCAGGGCUCAACUGUCAAACGUCUCGUCAGUAAUGUCAUUGCUUCAGUAACAUCCAGACUGAGCCACGAUUAUUUUUUUACUCUUCUGUGCCGAGUAAAGUCGGAGAACAAAAGUACCAACAAUCCAUUUCCUGAGAGUUUUUUUUUUUUUUUUUGAUGAUGAUGAUGAAUUUGACAGCCGACUUAAAAAAACAACAACAUGCCGAGCAUCACAUGUUCAAAAGUUCAAAUCCACUCCCUCAUUGAUGAAAAGCAUGUGUUGAUAUGAUGUAAAAUAAUCAUACUCAAGCUUGUGGGUUCCGUCAUGUACAGAGAAACCUUCGUAGUCUUCUGUAACCUCGAUAUCUCUGAUGAAGCGUGUUCGACUUGACUGAGGUUCAGUUGUCUGCUGACUUCCUUAAACUGCUGAAUGCACGUCAGUGUUGAUGUGGUGACCUUAUUCAUGCUGCUGUGAUGAUUAAUAUUGUCCCUGUAAUGUAUAAUCCUGGCCGGGCUGAGACAUUUCUAUACAGACAAGUUUAAAAUAAAUAUUUUUGCUAUAAA